AUGUCCUUCGGAUAUGGGGUCGGCGAUUUCAUCGCUGUGCUAGGUCUCUUUGAGCGCAUCGCUCUAGAGCUACGCAAUUAUAAGGACGCUCCUAUGCACUUCCAGCAGCUCCGUGCGGAACUAGACCUUGUUCACAGCACCCUCAAACACGUUUUGAGUCUGGAGCCCGACUGUAAGGAAGAGUUCCAGACCCUGGAGCAGAUCAGAGCUAUUGUAAUGCACUGUUCUCAACCUCUGCAGACCAUGGUAAACAAAAUGCGAUCCAAGGAAAGCAGUUUAGGUCAUUUCAGAUCAACGAGAAGUCUUAGCGGCAUCGGUGAAAGGCUUCACUGGUCUAUGAUCGCUCAAGGCGACGUUGAUGCAGUACGAAAGACGAUUUUGUCUCAAAUGGCCGCUGUUAAUAUCCUCUUAAGUGUCCAGCAACUGUUCGCAAGCCUAUGA